CGCCCCGGCCUGGCCACGCCCCCUGCAGCAGCGGCGGGUUUGACAGGAGUUGGGGUGUAGAUCCGGCUGGCGGGUCGCGGAGUGAUCAUACAGGAACCGGGCUGAAACAUGGUGCCCACCGGGUGAGCACCCGUCUGUCCCGCAGCCAACCAUGAAGAAAGCUCGGGGGAACCAGGAGAAGCCCGUCCCGGGCACAGGGGAGCACACACGGGCAGCGGCGACACUGCGUCGGAGAACGAUGGGAGGAGAGGAGAAAGCGGGCAGCAGAGAGCAGGAUAGCGUUCCCCCACCUGCCUCCCUGCUGUUCAGAAAACUAAGCAAUCCCGAUCUGUUCUCCUCUACUGGGAAGGUGAAGUUGCACCGCCAGCUGAGCCAGGAUGACUGCAAACUCCGCAGAGGAAGUCUAACAAGCACACUUACGGGGAAACAACUUCUUCCGCUAUCGAACAGUGUGCACGGCGGAGUGGCCCAGCUAACAUGGCAGCCUCCCGGAGAGUCGUCCAAUCUGGUCCGGAUGAGGAACCAAUCCCUUGGUCAGUCCGCACCUUCUUUAACUGCUGGCCUGGUUCCAGACAGUUCCUGCAACCCACCUUCGGGAGUACAAGUAGAGGCAGGGUGUCUCCCUGAGGAUGCUAGUAGCUUCAGUGGUGUAACAAACACAAGGUGUGGCUUGUGGGUCCUCUAUAGGCAGGCGCACACAUGAUGUCCCUUUCAGAUCAAAGUGCAUUGGCCGGCUUGAGACCUUAAUUCAACAUGGGAAUUCUUGGACUUGAUCAUGCAAUUUCCUGCAACUUUCAGGAGCACUGACUGUAGGUCACUGGCUGAAUACUGCUGUGCGUCAGGUGGAACUAGAGGAGUUCCCAGCUCCGUUAACCCUGAUCACCUUUCUCUCUUUAAAGUUAACUUUUUGAGAAUUAUUGGUAUGCUGGAAUUAUUGGUAUGG